UAAGAGAAGGCCUUUGAGAGCUGAAACUUAAGCCCUUGUGUAAGUUCCAUGCCGCACAAAGGCAGCAAAAUCUUGAAAUUCUAGUCAGAGUAUAAUGUUAUGGUAAUGAUUUUCUUGAAAUUCUUUAGUCACGAUGAAGUUUGCGUCAAGAAGUUCAUUUUGGCAGGAGAAUUCAUAAAGACGCAAACAUUUCUAGUCACUAGAGAAUUUGAGUGCACUCAACAACCCGAAACCUCGUUUCAGUACAUCAGAAUUCAGAAAACGAUGUGUCUACUACGCCUUGGGAGUCGGGACUUAUCGGCCGCGGCUCCGCGCAGAGCGGGAAAGGACGAGACAGCAUCAGUGACCUGCAGCAAAUGAAGAAAUUUUCACAGGCAUUUUGUGUGUUUACUUUUACUUGUUUCUGUGAUCUCUUGCGAUUGAAUUUGCUAGGCCAACAACAACAACAAUAAUAAAAGAGACUCGAGCAUUUAGCUUGAUACCAGCGCGACCAACCUGUAGUUGAAGCCUUUGUCUUUCACUCUUUCGUGUAAAGUCCGUAAUUCCCUUUGCUUCCACUUCCUUUUUCGUAAGGUUUUCAAUCUGACUGUUUGUUCAAAGUUGUCAGCCAUGAUCUGUCAUUGACUUACAUUGUUGGGUUUCUGUCAAAACCCAAUCUUUUCAUCUGGGUGUCUGUUUAUUUUCUCCAAAGAUAGCGGAGUCUCCAUUUCCAGGUCUUAAAUCAAUCCUUCAACACGUGGAGACCUACUAAUGAAAUAUGGCAACCUAUUUACUCAGUUCUUAAAAUUGUAUGUGUUUGGAUUUUUGCAUUAUCUCAUAAAACCUUACGUCGUGUGUUUCUUCGGGUAUUUUUUUUUUUCGAUUUUAUUGGGGUAAUUAGCUAUUGGGAAGUCUCAAGGUAUGUGGUAAAUGCAAUUGGCUUGGCUUUCAUAAUCAUGGAGGAUGCCAUAUCUAGCUAAAAGAAGGUGCGCAACAAAUUGGUUUUGUAUGUUUCACUGAGUUGAGAACCUCCAAUUUCUUUGGUUGUUGAUGAUAGCAAUGGGCCAAUGGCACUUCUUGAAUAGGUUAAUUCUGCAGCAGAAGAAAUUCGGAAUUGAGAAUUGGACGAUCAGGCUUUGUAUGGAAGAGCUCAUCUUCUGUUUCUAGUGAAAUGUGGGUGUUUUUCUGUUUCUGUUGGUUGGUAAAUAUUUUGGGGGGCUCAAGAAGCUUUAGAACCUCCAGUAGAAGAAUUAACAUAAUUAGUACCUGGUAUGGGAGAAAUUCCAUAUAGCACCAAACUACCAAUGCAUUAUGGCUCCCUUUUUCAAUCUACGGUUAAUAUUUUUCCUCCACGAACUACCACUCAUUGUCACUUACUCUCUAAAAUUUGACUCGUAUACAACUUGACAAACUACUAUCCCACUGGUCCCACUGGGAUUUAGCCUGCUAAUAGGUUCUCCUUAAUAGAUACCAUUUAUGAGUGACGAUUGGACUGAGUUGUACCGAAUCAAAGUUUUGGGAGUAAAUGACAAUGAGUGGUAGUUCCUGGGAAAGAAUUGUAUCUAGUCAAAAUUUAGACUGAAAGUGGUAUUGGGGUGGCAGGUAACUGGGGAAAGUGAAAUUUACCCUUUAAUCUAUGUAAAAAUAUUAACAAUAAUUAGCUUUUGAGAAAAAUUGAUUUCAAAUAGGGAGGUCCUUUGCUUCAGUGAAGUGCUGUUUAGAUUACAAACUUGUCUUGAUGUUUAGCUAUAUGAUCCCUCUUUACAUGUAUAGAAGUAAUUCCUUUGUUCUGGACGUCACAUAUGUUUGUAAUUCUGUUCUCAAUGUUGGUAUCAUGGCAUUUAAGUAUGCAUAAAUAUGCAUUAAAUAUAUCAGUUGAUGAAAAGUUGAAGGGAUAGUGCUUUAUAUUUUUGUAAAUACCCAGAACUUGUUCAUUUAGGGUCGCGGUUGCACUAAGUCACCACAAAAUGCACUGAAGGGCUUCUGUUUUUGCAUAUGAAUUAUGAAUCAUGUCACAGAUUCAUUAUACCCUUGUUUCCAGUCCAUAUAAGCACUAGACAUCUUUGGUACUAUGAUAACGAAAAUGUAAGACUACGUUUGGUUUUGGAACUUGUUCAACUUUCCUAACCAUUGCCACCAAAAAGAAAAAGAAAAGGAGAGAAAAACCAAUCAACUGUCACUAUGAUAUGUUAUGAGAUGUUCUAUUGGAUGGUGCAACUUGAGUUCAAGAUGAAUCUUCCUUGUCAGUUUACUAACAUAAAUACUGCUUGCAGCCUCUGGGUUUUUGGUAUAGCUUUGCAUAAGAUUCUAUGACUCCCUCCAAGUGUUGGGUGAAUCUAUCCCAAUUCAUAUAAUUCUGCUAAAAAAACCUUGUAUUUUUUUAUUUCAAUUGUCUAAGGUGCAUUUAAGUCUAAAAGUUCAUAAUUCAGUUUAGGAAGGUAAAGCUCAAUACAAUGAAAGUUUCACCAAGGUAUGGAGUGGGUUAUCCCAUUGCCGAGCUGGACAUCUAGGCCUGGCUUUAGGGUAUAAGAUGUUGAAAUGUUGAUGGUUGCUAUUAAAGCUAAAUUUGACUGCAUAAGUAAAACUGGUUCCAGUAAAUGUUUUUGUCAAGGAAUGGUGAAAAGGGAUCCCCCAUCAGCCAUAUUUUGAGGAAUAUGAAUAGCUUCAGUGGUGUGAGAAUCAUUCAAAGAGCUUGCUCACUGAUAAAUUCCAAAUCGGAUGAUUGACACAAUCUCAUUUUGCAUAUCAUGUAGCAUAUGCAUAAUUUAACAAAUCAUUUUGAGCUUAGGUAAAUGGUAUAUCCAAAUUAAACGUAUCUUAUACUUUGGUUGAAACAAUCUAUUACAUAUACAAUUUUCAAAGCAUUGAUCUUUGUCCUUGUGAAGCUACAUAAUCCUCUCCCUAUUGAUAUAUUUGUUUUCCUUAGAAUAAAUGUAAUUGGGUUUUCGGGAAGACUGAAGAGACCGAGUGUUUAAGGAUCCGACACCUUUUGCUUGUAUUUACUGUUAUCUUCCAGUUACAAUUCAACAUGGUUGGCCACCACUUUCCUCAUCAAGGCCAUUGGUUUUUGAUGAUUGUAGGUUUUCAUUGAUCUCAAUUGAGCCCAUUGCUCUUAUCUCAUAGGUAUGAAUUUUAUCUCUAACAUUUGGGAUGAUUUCCAAUUCACUGGAGCUACCAUUCUAGUCUUAGGUGUGAAUUUCUCUGGGUAGUAUGACAGAAACCUGAGCAUGUCUGGCUUUUCUCCUGAACAGCAUUCCUCCUGAUCAUCCCAAUACCUGGGCUGGUCUUCCCGAGUUACCUAGUGGUUCUUUCAGCCGAGCUUUUCUUGCUGGAUGGCUCUCCUGGGGAUAAUUACUUUGACUGGAUUCCCUUUCAGAGUGACUGAGCAUCUCCUCUGACCUAAAUAAUUGCGCUACUCUUCUGUAAACUGAAGUAGUCAUUCCCACCAAGGUUCAAGAUGGUUCUUUUGAAUAGUGUUCCCAACCAAACCGGGCCUUCUUCCUCAGGAACUUUGUUCAUCAAACUACCUUGCUCAAUCUUUACAUGAAAUAGUCAACAAAAGUCAACAAAGGGAAAAUGUGUUCAUUAGUCGUGAAGAAAAAAGAAAACUUGAUUCUUAGUGAUAGUGUAACCUGCCGGCUUUCAUUAGUAUGAUGGAAGCAGUCAUGUCUUUCUAAACAGAAAAAGCAUCCUAUAAUUUUUAACACAAUUCAUAAUUACUUAAUAAUAUGGGGAAAUAUAACUCUUUAUAUAUAAAUAAUAAAGGAUUAAGAUCCUUUAAUAUCUUUACUUAUCUCGUAAAAAGUAUGAGAAAGAAAAGGGAUCAUUAACUAUUUCUUCAAGCUUUUUUUUGUAGAGUAAUGAUAUAGUUUUAGGGUGUGCAAGCUUUGCGCACUCACUUUGAAAAAUAGUGAGGUCCACCAUUAGAAAAAUAAUAUUUUCAUAUGGGUCCUAGAUUUACCCGCUUUUUUCAAACCAAGUGUGCGGAGCUUGAACACCCUAGGACUGUAAAUAUCAUUUUUCUUUUUUGUAAUUAUCUCCUUUUUACUUCAAAGAAAGAGUGAGGAUGAAAUUCAAGGCAAUCAUUUAUGGUAAGAAGGACACAACCAAAUUAAGGAAAACAAGAAGGAGCCUACUAUUAGAAUGAGUUCACAGGGCAUUCCAGAACUUUCAUUCACCUGAACCAACUUUGGAAAGUAAAACCAACAAUGACCACAGCUCUAUGUUCAUAAUACCAUUUGACAGCAUUUGCCACAUUCCAAUUUGGAUAAAUACUGAUUACUGUGGUUAGAACUUGUAAGUAAGACUUGUAUGGGCAGUAAGUUUUUCAUAUUAACUUUGGGCCUCCUGCAAUUUGCUGCUGCUUCUACUAAUGUACUAUUCGGUACCUGUCCCUCUGAGCCAAGCUCUUUUUUGGGGUUGAGUCAUGUCAAGUAAGAAGUAAUCUGGGGAGUUGGAAUUAUCAAUUUAUCAGCAAUGAGUUGGUCUUGCCUGAAUUAUUCAAGGGAAUUUUCUGCAUGAUUCAAUUUUGUCUCCAUCAGUCAAGUUGGGAGGUCUUGGACAAAGACGUGUUUCAUAAGAUUCUACAAAUGGGACACCACUUAAUGAGACAAUUGAGAUUUACUGUUGUGGCGGAGUAAUCAGUCAUCUCUAUCCCCAUGUAAGCCAUUUGUCACCUUAGAUUCUUGGAUCUAGCUUAUAUAUACUACGUCAUAGACAGAUUUUAAACCUUGCUUCAACAGUUUACCAUUAGACACAUGAUUUGAACUUCUGAACACUAAUUUCUCAACCUUCUGCAACCAUUGGAGGUAUUCUUUCAUUUUCUGGUAAAUAUAUUUGGCUUGAUCAUUUAGAAAAUUUGUUCUGUUCUGUUCCGUUCUAUUUUUUGUUUCUGUUUUUUUUUUUUUUAUAUGCUAGCUAAAUUGUAUACCAUUUAUAUAUAGGAUUUCGGUGAUUAGUGGCCAUUUCUGUUGAAUAUAGAUUAUGAUUUUAUCUAUGUUCCAAAAGGGGAGAUAAUUCUCAGAUUGUCCCCAAAGAUGGAAUAACCUUAAUUUUUUUAAUAUUCCAUACUAAACUUCUUACAUAGAAGUAAAAAAACUGAUGGUAACAUGAUGCUCACUUCAUUUUCAGUGGCUGUGUUUGACAUGAAAUUUAGCAAUUACUAUUCCAGUUAUUCUUUGGUGAGAUGGUCACAAGUUCCUUUUAUUUCUCUUUUUUGAUUCCGGAUGCCAUAUUCUUCUCAUCUUCUUUCCAUGCUUUUGGAUUCGUGAGAUUGCAUCCAAUGGGUCCCCAAAAGAAUAAUAAUUGAUGAGGCAACUUUGUUUAAAUGACUCUUGAUUCACCGGACCUUCUCAUACUGACCUAAAAAAUACCAGCAUCAUUCCAGAAUCUCCUUUUCUUGUUAUGGAAUAUAUUAAAGGGAGAAAGUGGCUUCAAGUACAGCAGCUGGUUAAAGAGAAAGGUACUUCAAUAACUCUUCUUUCUUUUCUUGUUUUUCAAACAUUUGGUCCACAUACCAUUACAUUUUUCCAAUGAUUAUAUUCCUUUCUUUGAAUGUGAACUAUGAGCUUGCCACCGAGGAAGAAUAGUUCAAGCCAGAAGAAGCAGAUGCUUGCUCCAGAAGAAUUCCCUAUUGCAUAUAAACUGGACCCACCACUUGACUCAAAGACAUCGCUUGUACUUAUAUCUUAAUUUGUUCAUUAACUAAAAAGUGUCUGUAUCUUCUAAUUGCCUGGUUAAAAUUUACUUUGCUGCUUAAAAUGGAUGACCUAUCUAUCCUCAGAAAUUGUUUAUCAAUGCAGCAGACCAACUGAAUGUUUGGCAGUCAGAUGGAAACACUUGAAGACCAAUCAUUGUUUUUUGAUUCCACUGAUCAAACUCUUGACCAUAACCCAAGAAAUCUGGAGAUUGAUCUGAUACUCAUACAAUUAACUUUUACGAAUUGUGGUUGGCCAUUGCGGCCACCCUUUUCCUUUUCUUCUUUUAUUUUCUAGGUGAACAUUUCUUUUCUUUCAGUUUUGCUUUGAUAUGGAUUACAGAAUUAAAGCGGAGACACCCUUUGGAAUAUAUUUCUUUAUGGGUCUUUUAUUUUGUGUGAAUGCAGCCAUAAAUUCUUGAUCUUUUUGUCUGUCAUUUCGUUAUGAGUUUGUGUUUAUCCAAAUUAGAGAAAGGGAGAUUCAAUGGGGAUCGUGUUGUUUUAUGUGGUUGUCACACAAAUGCCAUGGGGUGCUGGCUAGAAUAUAGCUUGUUAGAUUUUCGCUAUGUAUUGCAACCACCAGGGGGCUUUGGUCCAUGUUAGACUGUUGGUUACAAUGCUAGAACUUAUCUCAGCAUGAGAUGUAUCUCCAACUCUCUUUAUAAUUGAAUCAUGCAGCAGCUUUCACAGUCCCGUUGAAAGAAUAUAGAAUUUGUUGUCUUUUUUAUUAUUAAUUCUGUUGUUAUUAUUAUUGAAUAAUAUGGAAGUUCAGAUACUUUUAAGGUAGUGGCCAUGGAUUUAUUGCACCUGUUGGGGGUAUUGACAGCCUCUCUAUAUAAAACUGAGAGCCAGAGAUUCCCGUAUUUGGAUAAUCUUACAAAGGCAUAACUCCUGUGUUCAAUUUUCAGAAAAAAAAAAAAAAAAAAAGAAAGAAAGAAAGAAAGAAAGAAACAAUUGCGGUUAUUACGUAGGAGUAUCACAUUCUACCUUCAAUUAAAUAGCUGAUUUGGUUCUUCUUAGCUCAUGUUUUGAAGAAAAUUAGUGCAAGUAUGGGUCCUGAAACCCAAGGUGAGAUUCCCUGAUUCCUCUAUUUCUACUAAGAACCAAAAGAAUCUGCCUGCCACACCACAAUUGGUUUUGGAUUGCAGACAGUACAAAGAAAUAUCCAUUACAGUAUCCAUAUCAAUUUAGUUCUUUUCCUUCAAAGCGUCUCACUGUGCGGAAAGUUGCACCCAUUAUUCAUCAUGGUGGGACUAUCUAAUUCAGUAGGGAAUCGGGAGAGAGGAAAACAAGAAGAUAAAAACAAAACACACACUUUCCCUCUUCUCUCCUUUUAAGACUCGAAUUAUACUGUGUUGCUUUCUCUGUUUUUGCUCCACUAGAGAUUCUCUCCACCUCUUCCAAGUCGAAGAAAAAAGAAAAAAAAAAAACAAAAGAAAUAAAAGUUGAUAUGAAAUGGAAAAUGGAAGGAAGGAUGAGCCGUAGCCCCGUGGCAUAUAUUCCCCCCAACAUGGCCCCACUAAUGUUUGUAGAUAUGGAGUGAGAACAUGAAUGGAAACGGGUCUGCAGAAUAUGCAAAAUCAGAAAAUGAAUUUGGUUCUGUCAACAGAUGCAAAGCCCAGAUUAAAAUGGACUGCAGAACUUCAUCAGAGAUUUGUUGAAGCAGUGGAACAACUUGGAGGGGCAGAAAAGGCAACACCAAAGAGCCUGAUGAGAUUGAUGGGAAUUCCAGGAUUGACGUUGUACCACCUGAAGAGUCAUUUACAGAAAUAUAGGCUGGGGAAAAGCCAACAGCCAGAAUCCUGCAGUGACAAUAAGGAAAAGGAUUAUGGAAAGAUUCAGACCGCCACAGAUGGGCAUUUCAGUCGGGAAGUCAGUGAUGCAGCCCACAAUCAGAUUAAUGAAAGCUCGCAGAUUGCUCAAGCUCUCCAAUUGCAAAUGGAAGUCCAAAGGAAACUGCAUGACCAGAUUGAGGUACAGAGACAUUUGCAGCUGAGAAUUGAAGCCCAAGGGAAGUACUUACAAUCAGUUCUAAAGAAAGCCCAGGAAACACUUACUGGGUAUAAUUCUUCUCCUCACGGGUUAGAACUAGCAAAAGCUGAACUGUCUCACUUGGUCUCAAUUGUUAACACUGGUUGCCCGAGCUCUUCAAUCUCAGAAUUGACAGAAACAGGAGAUUUUAGUGUUAAAGACACCGAGAGAAAACAAAUUAGAGGCACAAUAUGUUCAAUGGAAAGCUCCUUGACAUCGUCUGAAAGCUCUGGGAGAAAGGAAGAGAAGCGACCAAUGAAAGAGAGUGGUGACCCCCAGAUGUCUAAUGCAACUACUCUUAAACUAUCGUUAAUGGACAUUCACCCAGAAGACAAGUCAGGGAGAACUGAUGCAAGCAAUCAAGCAAGUGAGAGGAAGAGAAGUAGAAGUUUCAUUUCUGAUGGUAUUUGUGUACAACAACCCGUUGCUAAAAGAUCACCAACCCACAGAGACAAAAGUGGAAAUCCUCCGAGAAAAUCUGGAUUAUUGGAGAAACUUGAUCUCAAUAGCCGAUAUCAGCAUGACAUUGAUUCAGGUCCAAAAGCAAUAGACUUAAACUGCAAGGGCAUUGAACGAUGCAACGGCUGGGAAUCUUGAUGAUACAGAUGGUCCUGGUCAUAAAGUCUACCCAGUAAACUUAGUCUUUAAUCUUUUGUUUAUAAAAUGUAUAUUGGUGCAUGCAUGGGCCCCCAAGAACGUUGGAAGGCAUGUUCAUAUAAAAAGAACCUAUUACAAUAUAUAGUUUGUUGAUAGAUCUCUCUCAAUUUUAGCAUACUCUGCCAGUAAAAGUGAUGCUUGUGAGAAA